AUUCUCUCUGGUUGUAUUGUUUUAAACAGUAAUGGUGGUAACGGUAAUCGGAAAUUAUUUGACUAUGUAAUGCAGGUAAGUUGGAGGAGGCAGCUGAGAGCUUAACGGAAGCAAUUUUACUCAAUCCUACCUCUGCCAUAAUGUAUGCAACUAGAGCUACUGUUUACAUCAAAAUGAAGAAACCCAAUGCUGCAAUCCGUGAUGCAAAUGCUGCUUUGGAGAUUAAUCCCGAUUCUGCUAAAGGAUACAAGUCACGGGGCAUUGCACGAGCAAUGCUUGGUCAAUGGGAAGAAGCUGCAAAGGAUCUUCAUGUGGCUUCAAAGUUGGACUACGAUGAGGAAAUAAACGCUGUACUUAAAAAGGUGGAGCCAAAUGCUCACAAAAUUGAGGAACACCGUCGUAAAUAUGAAAGGCUGCAUAAAGAAAGAGAGGAGAAAAGAAAGGAGCGUGAGAGGCAACACCGUCGUGCUGAAGCUCAGGCUGCAUAUGAGAAAGCUAAGAAGCAAGAGCAAUCAUCUUCCAGUAGAAAUCCUGGAGGCAUGCCUGGUGGGUUUCCUGGGGGCAUGCCAGGAGGCUUCCCAGGUGCUGGGGGAAUGCCAGGAGGCUUCCCAGGUGCUGGGGGCAUGCCAGGAGGUUUCCCAGGUGCAGGGGGCAUGCCUGGAGGAUUCCCAGGUGCAGGAGGCAUGCCUGGAGGCUUCCCAGGUGCAGGCGGCAUGCCUGGAGGGGUGCCAGGAAAUGUUGAUUUUAGCAAGAUCUUGAAUGAUCCUGAUCUGAUGACGGCAUUUAGUGAUCCAGAGGUUAUGGCUGCUCUUCAAGACGUUAUGAAGAACCCUGCUAAUUUGGCCAAGCAUCAAGCAAAUCCUAAGGUGGCUCCUGUAAUCGCGAAAAUGAUGAGCAAAUUUGGAGGUCCCAAGUGAACACUUUUAGAUGUUUAUUUGAGAGAUCUCAACAUUCCAGGCCUCAGCCAUCGGGUGUUUAUUGACAUUGCAUUUUUCAUUUUAACAAAAUUAUCAAACUUUUUACAGUUUGUACGGCCUGUUUCCGUAGGUGCUGAGUUCCUGUUGGUAGCAAUGUUUAUUUGUCAACAAUGUAAUAUUUAUUUUCCUGAGUGAAUUUGAUUGUUUAAAGUUGAUACGUUUGCAUUUCAGGAAAAUAAAAUAGUUUCUUUGCUUCGUUUA